AUGAAUUUCACUCUAGGAAGCCUGUCCCUCUGGCUUCUGUGCCUCGUCCAAUUGGUAUCUGCAGCUACGGUGUUCUUUCCAGUCACCUUGACUUGGGCGGAUAGAACUGUUGCAGGAGUAUCUAGGCCGGUGAUCUCGACAAACGGCCAGUUUCCUGGUCCUCCGCUACGGAUCAAUCAAGGUGACACUGUUGAGUUCCUCGUUGAUAACCGGUGCCCGUUCAAUACCACUAUACACUUCCAUGGAAUUGAGCAAUUGGGAACUCCUUGGUCUGAUGGUGUCCCAGGUGUCUCACAGAGAUCAAUUAGGCCAAACACAUCGUUCCUCUAUAAAUGGACGGCAACCGAGUACGGGGCCUACUGGUAUCACGCGCAUCACCGUGGUUCUCUCGAAGAUGGGCUUUACGGACCAAUCUAUAUUACCCCUGCCGCCUCGGUGCAAAAGCCUUUCAGCCUCAUCACCACCAAUCCCGCUCAGUUGAAGGCUAUGAUCCAGGCAGAGAGCGUGACCUGUCCCGUUUUGCUUUCGGAGUGGCGUAUCCUCACAUCAGAGGAGAUAUGGGCUGCCGAGAUGGCCUCUGGGACAGACUCAUUUUGUGCUAAUGCUUUGCUCAUCAAUGGCAAAGGGUCCAUCACCUGCCUACCACGUGCUGAGAUUGAUGCUCUGACAACACCCGCUCAAAAAACGAGCCUGGGUAAUGAUCUAAGAUUGACGGAUAUGGCAUGCUUUCCUCCCAACAUUACCGACACAGUAUUCAACUUCCCACACAACUACGCUGCCAUCCCCCCAACCAUGUUUGAAGGAUGUGUACCAUCCCAAGGUCUCCAGGAAAUCUUCACUGUCAACGCAGCCCAUCAGUACGUCAGCUGGGAUCUCACCAGCACAGCCGGCCUGCUAGAACUCACUUUCUCAAUCGACGAGCACGACAUGUGGAGUCAACGCGGUCACCAUGCCAAACUCAAACCGCUACUCGGUUCUGAUCCCCCUUACAAGCUAGCGGGAGACUACACUGUGCGCAUGGUUAGUGCCAGCAUAAACCAGAUCCUCAACACGACCGCAAUAAUGCGAUACCAAGGCUUGCCGCAGAUGACCCGUCCAUCUAACCCGUGGAUCCAAAUCAACAACGAACCUGUCUCGGCAGAUACCGUCUUCCUAGACGAAUCCCAGGUCAUCCCAUUCCCGGUGCUCACCCCUUCCAACAAUAUAGCACAAACCUUCUUCCUUCACAUCAACCAAGUCGGCACCGCGUACCGCUGGAGACUCGGCAAUGCCAGCUACGGCCUCGAACUCGAGGAAGCACAGCCCUUGCUCUUCAACCAGAAUUCCAUUCCCAGUGACUUGAUUGUCAGAACGAAAAAUGAUACCUGGAUCGACUUGAUUCUCCAAACAGAUACUAUCUUGCAGCCCCCGCAUCCGAUCCACAAGCACUCGAAUAAACAUUUCAUUCUAGGUCAGGGGAAUGGUACUUUCAGUUGGAAUUCGGUCGCGGAAGCGGUACAGGCUGUUCCUGGGAACUUUAAUCUGCAGACUCCGCAGUAUCGUGAUACCUUCCCUACGCUACCGGCUGUCACGGGUCUGACUUGGACGGCUAUCAGAUACCAUGUGGUAAACCCCGGUGCGUUCUUGAUGCACUGUCAUAUUCAGGUUCAUCAGAGUGGCGGGAUGGUCUUGGCGAUGUUGGAUGGGGUUGAUGUUUGGCCUACUGUGCCACCAGCUUAUGCGAUUGCUGCUGGAUUUUAG